UUUUUUUUUCUUCCCUUUUUUCACCUUUUCUUUUUCUUUUUCUAAAUAUACACACACACACACACACACAAUGGCAACAAAAGGUGCUUAUAAGAGGCUCACUAAAGAAUACUUGGCAAUACAGAAAAACCCACCUCCUUAUAUUAUUGCAAGGCCUCUAGAAAGUAAUAUUUUAGACUGGCAUUAUGUGAUUACAGGACCACCAGAUUCACCUUAUGAAGGUGGUGAAUAUUAUGGCAGAAUUACUUUUCCAGCUGAAUAUCCCUUUAAACCACCUGCUAUUCGAAUGACAACACCUUCUGGUCGUUUUCAACCUGAUACUCGACUCUGUCUCAGUAUGAGUGAUUUCCAUCCAAGUUCAUGGAAUCCAAGUUGGUCUAUUGCCACUAUAUUGAAUGGACUGCUGAGUUUUAUGGUAGGUGAUGAAGCUACUACAGGCAGUAUAAAGACAGGUGUCCAUGAAAAGAAAAUGUAUGCUGCUCGGUCUCAUUUAUGGAACAUUAGAAACCCAAAGUUUAGAGAGGUCUUUCCUGAACUUUGUACUAUCAAUCUAAACCAGAUGCCAACAGAUCAACUUUUAAUCAAGCGCAACAUACAGAACAGUUCUCCUGCUCAUACUGUUGCUCAUACAGACAAUCAUGCUAUCACUCGUACAGCAGUCAGUCGAGGAAAACGAUGGAUUGUUGUGUUGGUUGUCUUUGUUUAUUUGAUUCUUUCCAAACUGAUUGCUCGCUCAACCAAUGCGGGUUCAGCUUAAUUUCUUUUCUUUUUAUUGUGUGUUUUUAAAUGGCGUGUUACUUGAUCAGGCCUUGAAAAAGCUUUACCGCAAGGUUCUACUGUACAUUUAAAUGGUCUUUCGCCUGUAUGAACUCGCAUCUAUCGUCAACAUAUAUAAGUAAAUAAAACAUACAAUCAAAUCACUUACAUGUUUUGUUAAAUUACUGCUUU